AUGAGGGACAGAAGAGGGCCCCUUGGCACCAGCCUGGCACCAGUGCAGCGGGCUGGAGGAGGUGAUUUGGACAAACUAUUACACAGCCUCAAGAAAAGAAUGCUGAAGGAGGGCCCCUGGCCUGCAGAUGCACCCUCCUGGAUCAAUAAGCCUGCAGUUGACAGAAAUUCACAGAGUGCUGCAUUAUCAUUGGAAAUGAGAAAGGAUCCUAGCGGGGCUGGCCUCUGGCUUCACAGUGGUGACCUAGUGCUUCCACAUGUGAAAGAAUCAAUAAGAAGAAAUCUAGCCUCAGUAGCUGCUCCGAGCGCAGCCAUGGGUUUGUUCUCUGCUCCAACAGAGUAUUUUGCUGGGAUGUCCUGCAGUGGUGUUGAAGCUCUGAGGUGGGACUGGCUGGGAGGAGGGCCCGAAGCCACCAACGGCCACAGAGGACAGUGCCCCAAAGGAGAGCCUCGGGUGUCAGGACUGCCACACCAUCAAAAACUGGAAAUGGGAAGUUGUCAGGAUGACCCACCAAGUGCUUUUCCCAAGGGUCUGGGCUCUGAGCUGGAACUCUCUUGCUUGCAAUCCAUCCUGCCUGCAGUGCUGCACGUGUUUCUAGAAGUGCUCCUGAAUGAUGAGACAGAACGAGUUUUCCUUGACGGUUUAAAGCCCAUGUUUUCAAAGCAAACAACAGAAUUCAAGAAAAUGCUUAAAAGCACCUCAAGCACCUCAAAUGGUCUCCAGAUGACAGUGGGGUUACUGGCUCUGCAAUCUUUUGAAUUAGCAAAUUCAUUAUGCCAUAGUUAA